AGGGCCCGAUUGUGUGCGCGCCGGAAGCGCGGGCGUGGGCGGCUGAAAGCGCCGGGGAAGGUGGCCGGCCUCGCCCCGCAGCUGCCGCUGGAGCCGCGGGGAGGUGACGUCAGCGCUGGCGAGCGGGGCGCCGGCGGAGAGGGGGGCGCUCGCGGCCUCCCGCCCCGGCCGCUCCACAAUGCGACCAUUGUCGGGCCCCGGGCGGCGCACGGCGUGAAUGGCGCCCGGGCCUCUCGACCGGGGAGACCACUAGCCUCGCCAUCCGGCCUCUCACCGGCCAGGGAGGCCUGGGACUGGACCGAGGCCGGCCGGUCGCCCCCGGGGGAGCAGGCUGGACUUGGUGCGCCGCCCGGGCCCCCGCCGCCCAGCGGACCCUCUGCAGAGUGGGGGCCUGCCCUCCAAGGCUGGGCCCUGCGCCCGACGCGCGGCCUCGGCAUGGCCUCCUGGUUCGGGGGAAGCCUGGGCUCCGACCCGCUCAUGGUCCUGCUGGUCAUCAUCCUGCUGGCACGCUUCCUUCUGUGGUCCUGCCUGGGCACCUACAUUGAUUAUAAACUGGCCCGGCGGCAGCCCCGCAAACCCAAGGAGGACUAGGGCCCCUGACGGCCUGCGGACUCUGAGUGGCCCGCAUGGGCAGGUCUUCCCCUCCAGGAGGACGCUGUCCCAGAGGAGCCUUGUCCUGAGGCUGAGGGCGUGUGGGAAGGUGGGGUAGGGCCGGCAAACCACUCCUGUAUCCCACCCAUAAGGCAGAGAUGGACCGUGUCCCACCCAGACUGAUCAGGGCUGUCCUGGCGAUGGCCCAUGUCCCACGUCAGGACAGAGGGGCCACCACUGCCUGUCUGUCCCCAGGUUCUGGGGUCUGCUGUUGGAGUGAGUGACUGUGAGGGCGGGUCUUGCUUUAAGACUCUCUCUGCCUCCAAUUCUUUAUAAAUAUGUUUGCAGGAUGAAGUGGGGAUGAGCCGGAGGCUUGGGGGUGGGAGGGAAGGACAGAUGUGGUCACAUCACAAGCCAGCCCUGCCACCAGAAGCUGCCACUGCCUUGGUUUUCCCUGAAGCGGACCCUGGAGGGUCUCAGGUCAGACUCGUGACACCUGAGCCCGAGCCCAGCUCUGGUUGACUGUGGGUAAACUCUCUUUCUCCAUCUUUAAAAUGGGCACAAUAACCCCUGCCUCCCUCAGAAGGGUAUGAGGAGGGUGGAAUAAGGGGGUGGGAUGGCAAGUCCCCCGUAUUCUGCACACCGCUGGACAUGUGGAGGACAAUGGAGAAGAGAAGCCAGGAACCCAGGGCCCUCCUUUCCUUUGUGCUUUCAAGUGUGUGGCCGAGCUGCGCCUCCAGAGGCUGACAGGUGGGAACCCUGACGCGAGCCGUGAACCUGGCCUCCCUGCCGCCCGCCGCCCCGUCACGCCCUGCUGAAAAAGCAGCAGGUGUAGCGGGCUGCUUCUCAGCCUGCUGGCAGGUUCUAAUCGCCCUGCAGAUUUUAGCAAACACGAUGGCCAAGUCCCCAGACCAAGAAGCAUGGGCAGGGACUAGAUGUCCCUGGGAGGCUGGGGCCUGAUUGCACUGUGCCUUCCCACAAGGACUGGGGACUUCUGUCAGAGCAGAGGUGAGGAGCCUGUGUCACUGAGCUGGACGAGCAGACUCAGGAAGCCCGGGCCAGGAGCCGCCCUCCUAGCCUUGCGGCAUCCUGGCAGAGGGAUCACGGGCCUGAGCCAGGGAUGCGGUGGGACCUGAUGAGCUCGCUGACACCGUGAAGAUCUUGUCUUGCUCCUGAAGGGCCUACCGUGCUCGAGACAACCGCAUGGACUGGGGAGCCAGUCAGCCCAAGCAGUGACCUUCUGGGGGCGGGACUGACCAACAGGAGAGACUGUUGAUGGUGGGGUGUCUUGGAGGACGGUUUACAGGUGAGGUUCUUUUCUUACGGGUGACAGUCUGGGAAGUCUGCACAGGGUGGGGUUACCAUGCAUGGAUUCAUCCCAGGGCUGGGGGCGGCUGUCCUUUGGGGCGGUUGUGUUGGCCAGUGGCCCAGCAGAACCUGCAUCCUCUCCGUGUCAAGAACCUGAUUACAGGAUUAGGGGAGGAGGUGCUCUCAUUGUUCUUAAGGAAAAUGUUCAGUUCUCUUUAAAAUGAUCAUGUGUGAUUUUACUGACCUCUUUAAGAAGAAUCACAGUAGUUGCCACAAUCACAUACCAAGGAGGGUGGCCAGCCAUCCUGGUUUGCCUCGGGCUGCCCCAGUUUUAAAACUGAAAGCUCCAUGUCGUGGGAGACCCCUCCCUCUUGGGCAUGGCAGUGCCCACCCCGACUCUGAUGGAGGAAAAGUCAGUUCACACAACACGCUGAUGUGUUUCCAGUGGCUGGCCUGCCUGUAAGCUGCCUGCCACCUGCAAGUGCACGUGGGUGCAUGGAUGGCACCCCCACACAAGCUUGAGCUUCACCAUUUGGUCCAGUGGGCCAGAAUUCUGGGGCUCUCACUGCAACCCCUUCCAUUGGGGGUGUCUGGCAGAGAGGACAGAAGCAGCAAGCUGCUGCCUACACAGGACCCCAGAAGAAGACCAGAUUCUGCCAGUGUUAUUUGAGCCCCUUUCCGCUUACACUAGUCAAUAUAUAUAUAUAUAUUUUUUUUUCCUCUUUAGCCAGUUUACAUUGGUUUCUUUAUUCACAACUGACAAAAUUCUGAUGCGUGCAGGCCUCUGCACCCACGCACCAGCCAUCCAUCUACAGCCUCACGACGCAUGCCUGGCUCAGAACGAGCCCUCAAGCCAUGGUGUCUGAGUGAGUGAGAGGAUGUGCCCUGGCCUGGUAUCAGGCAGCAACUGAUCCAGCUGCAAGUGACAGACAAGUAAACAGAGACUUAAACAGGAAGCUUCCCCCCUGCCCUUCAUCUUUCUUUCUUCAUGUCACAAGUCUGGCCUUUGUCAUUCCCGUGGUAUGGCAGCUCCAUGAUAUUAUCAAGGACUUAGACCCAUAUUUCUGUUCUGCCGUCCUUCCCAUGUAGCUUUGGUCUUCAUGGUCACAAGAAGGCUGCUGCUACUCCAGACAUUCUGAGUGAGUUCCAGGCAGGAACAGAAAAAAGGGUGCUAGAGGAGGGAGAGGCAGUCCCCUGAUAGGUGAAGCCCUUGGUUGUACAUGUCCUGAACUAGAAGCAUGUCGCCUGGCCUCCUUAGAUGCAGAGGAGGCUGAGAAAUGGGAGCUUGUUAGUGGGGCUCACGGCCACCCUAGAGAGGGUCAGGUUCCUGUUAUAAAGGAAGGCUAAAUGGAUAUGAGGUAGGCAACUAGUGAUCUCUGUCAUUGGUCCUUGGCAUUCUUUGUCUUUAUUUGGGACACUGUUUUGGGUAUUUGGGUGACUUUUGUGGGCCCCUUACGUGCCAGCUUUGCCCUUGCCUGCUCUUCAGGGAUAACAGCUGAGCUCAGCUGUCUUUUGCAGCUCCAACGUGGAAUUAGGCUGGCUUCUUGGGGCUCCUAAGAAUUUGUUCCAGUAAGAAAGUCUGAGGCUGAAACAGACAUAUUCCCUCUGAGAGAUGCAGGGAGAUGCUCGUUUGUCCACAGUGGGUAACAACAGGCACAGACCCGUAGCACAUGGAUGGUAGACAGUGAACAGCUGAUGGGUAAGUGGACGGUAGUGAUGGCUAACCGAUGGAUAAAUGGAGGGCGAGAUGUAGUCCUCAACUUGGUGGGCAUCACAGAGCGCAGCGCUCACAAUGUGAGAGGCAGCAUGGAUACAAUGUAUAAAACGGUGCCUGCCCUCCCGAGGCUUGCAGGCUGGGAGCUCAGAAGUGGGCAGAGAGACCUGGAAAUAGAUAUUAGCUCUGCACUAGGCAGAUGGUUAUUAAGGACAACAAACGUGGCAGGUGCAGAUUAAGAUAUAGUGUCAGUGUAUGAUACACACCAGAUUUUGAAGGCUUGGUACAGAAAAAUAUUGUAUAAUCUCACUAAUAAUGGUUUUAUAUUGAUCAUGCAUCGAAAUGAUAAUAUUUUGGACACAUUUCGGUUAAAUAAAAUACUAACAUUUUCGAAGUUUCCGGAUGGUUGCUGCUGAAGAGCAUCUUUCAGUCACAACAAGAACCACGGGGGCCAGUCUAACCACAAGCCUGGUUAUUGGGACGCCGAGACCGCACACAACACCUGCUUUAAGACAAGAAGGCCCAGAAACGCUUCGAAGGAGGACCCCCUACCACACCAAGUACUCAACACUAUUUACACUGCUCGAGCUCAUAUAAGAAGGAAAACUCCCAAUUCUUUUUAUGGAGUGAGCAUCUCAUUGAUACCCAAAUCCACCAGAGAGCGUGGAGAGAAGAAAUGCAUGGCGACGUCACUUAGAAAUAUUGACGCAAAAAUUUGGACUCACUGAAUUAAGCAUUGCAUCGGAGGGAUAAAACAUCACAAGCAAGCAGGGUGGAUCCCAGAAAUGCAAGGACGGCUGAAUACUAGAAAGCCAGUCCGUAUUGUUUCCCAUAGUAAUAGCUCCAAAGAGAAAAAUAAUUUCAUAAUUUCCUUAGGUUCAUUUCCAAAGGUGUUUGGAUAAAAUUCACAUCCGAUCUCAAUAAAACGCAUCGUAAAACGGAAGAAAUAGAUACCACGUUGAUAUGUUUUUAACCUGAAAAGGUAGUUCUCUCUUAACAGGGAAGAUAGCAUCAUGACAGGUAGG